AUGCCCUUUGCGCAACUCGUCGUCGGCAGCCCAGGCUCUGGAAAGAGUACCUACUGCGAUGGCAUGCACCAGUUCCUGGGCGCCAUCGGGCGAGCCUGUUCAGUCGUAAAUCUCGAUCCUGCCAAUGACCAUACAAACUACCCUGCGGCACUCGAUAUUCGCAACCUAGUUAAACUCGAAGAAAUUAUGAAAGAUGACAAGCUGGGACCUAAUGGCGGCAUUUUAUAUGCCCUUGAAGAAUUGGAACAUAACUUUGAGUGGUUGGAAGAGGGACUGAAAGAAUUCAGUGAAGACUACGUUCUGUUCGACUGCCCGGGACAGGUGGAACUAUACACACACCACAACUCCCUACGGAAUAUCUUCUACAAACUCCAGAAGAUUGGAUAUAGGCUCGUCUGCGUCCACCUCUCGGAUUCUUUCUGCCUAACGCAACCCUCGCUAUACGUAUCGAACGUCCUCCUUUCCCUCCGAGCCAUGAUCCAGAUGGACAUGCCGCAUAUAAACAUCCUCUCAAAGAUCGACAAAGUCUCCGAGUAUGACGAGCUCCCGUUCAACCUCGACUAUUACACAGACGUAGACGACUUGACAUAUUUAACGCCCCAUCUCGAAUCAGAAUCGCCCGCUUUGAGGAGCGAAAAGUUUGGCAAGCUCAACGAGGCUAUCGCAAAUCUGAUCGAGAGCUACGGCCUGGUGCGUUACGAGGUUCUGGCCGUCGAAAAUAAGAAAAGCAUGAUGCACAUUCUUCGUGUCAUUGAUCGUGCCGGUGGAUACGUCUUUGGCGGUGCUGAAGGUGCCAAUGACACGGUGUGGGCGGUCGCCAUGAGGAGUGAGUCGUCUAUGCUAGAGGUGCAGGAUAUCCAGGAGCGCUGGAUUGAUCAAAAGGUUGAAUAUGACCAAAUGGAGCGUGAGGCGGAGGAGGAGCAGGCUCGCAUCCAAGAAGAACAAGCCAUGGAGUUGGAUCAAAGUGAACCAUUUGCUCCAGCAGGCGGAAUGGACCCCGACUUUGGAGAUAUGACAGUUCCAAAGGACAGUGGGAUCAAGGUAGUUAGAAAGAAAUGA